AGUCCUUGGUAACAAUUGUGGGCGUGGCGCUUUGCUACGCGGGUGGACUGCGCGCUUGGAGCGGACUGCUCGCCGGUAGCUUCCAGCCCGGGCCACGCCGUGCGUCCUCCCGCUCUGCCGAGGGCCUGAGGGGGUGGACGCGUCCUCUGUGGUGGUGGCCAGCGCUCGCCGCUCGCCGCGGGAGGGAGUCGGAAGGUGGAAGGCAGGCAGGGGGGCUCCGGGAGCCGAGAAAUGGACUCAGUGACCUUUGAGGAUGUGGCUGUGAACUUCACCCUGGAGGAGUGGUCUUUACUGGAUCCUUCACAGAAGAAACUCUACAGAGAUGUGAUGAGGGAAACCUUCAGGAACCUGGCCUCCAUAGGUGUGCAUUUAGAGAAAAAAUGGGAAGAUCAUAACAUUGAAUAUCAGUACAAAACCCAGGGGAGAAAACUACGAAGUGAUAUGGUAGAAAAACUCCAUGAAAGCAAAGGAGGUAGUCAGUGUGGAGAAACCAUCAGCCAAAUUCCAAAUCCUGAUCUGAACAAGAGAACUACUUCUGGAGGACAAUCACUUAAAUGUAGGGUGUGUGGAAAAGACUUUGUGCGCCAUUCAUCCCUGAAUAUACACAUCAGAUCUCACACUGGACAUAAACCUUAUGAGUAUCACAAAUAUGAAGAUAAGCCAUAUAAAUGUAAGGAAUGUGGGAAAGCCUUCAGUUACCACAAAUCUGUUCACAGACAUGAAAGGACUCACACUGGAGAGAAACCCUAUGAAUGUAAGGAAUGCGGGAAAGCCUUCAUGUGGCUCCCAACCUUUCAAACACACAUGAUAACACACACUGGAGAUGCUCCUUUUAAAUGUAAGGCAUGUGGGAAAGCCUUUAGUUCUUCCGCUUCAUUUCGAGCACAUGAAAGAAUGCACACUGGAGAGAAACCCUAUGAAUGUACACUGUGUGGUAAAUCCCUGAGAUCUCUUCUAGGUUUGCGAAUACAUGAACGAAAUCACACUGGAGAAAAACCCUAUGAAUGUAAGCAAUGUGGUAAAGCCCUCAGUUGCCCCAGUUCUUUUCGAAAACAUGAAAGGACUCACACUGCAGAGAAAAAAUAUGAAUGUGAACAUUGUGACAAUGCCUUCAGUUCUCCUCUAGGUUUACGAAUACAUGAAAGAAUUCACGCUGGCAAGAAGCCCUAUGAAUGUAAAGAAUGUGGUAAAGCUUUCCUUUCUCUCUCAAGCAUUCGAACACACAUGAUAACACACACAGGAGAAGAACCUUAUAAAUGUAAAGAAUGUGGGAAGGCAUUUGUUUGUCCCAGUUCUUUUCGAUCACAUGAAAGGACUCACACUGGAGCAAAACCAUAUGAAUGUAAACAGUGUGGUAAAACCUUCAGUUGGCCCAGUUCCUUCCGAAUACAUGAAAGAACACACACUGGAGAGAAACCCUAUGAAUGUACAGAAUGUGGAAAAACCUUCAUUUACCGCACAACCUUUCAAGGACACAUGAGAAAGCAUACGGGAGAGAAACCCUACAAAUGUAAAGAAUGUGGGAAAGCCUUCAUUUCUUCCUCAAGUGUUCGAACACACAUGAUAAUGCACACUGGAGAUGGGCCUUACAAAUGUAAGGUAUGUGGGAAAGCCUUCAAUUUUCCUAGUUCAUUUAGGGUACAUGAAAGAACUCACACUGGAGAGAAGCCCUAUGAAUGUAAAGAAUGUGGUAGAGCCUUCAGUUGUUACACAUCAUUUCGAACACAUGAAAAUACUCAUACUGGAGAAAAACCCUAUGAAUGUAAAGAAUGUGGAAGAGCCUUCAUUUACCGUACUACCUUUCGAGGACACGUGAGAAUGCACACUGGUGAGAAACCAUACCAAUGUAAAACGUGUGGGAAAGCCUUUAGUCGUCCCAGUUCCUUUAGAAGGCAUGAGAGAUCUCAUACUAAAUAGAAACUUCUUGGAUGUAGCAAUGUGGACAAGACAUCAGUUGGCCUUCAUCUUUACAUGUGAAAACUCCCACUGGAAUGAAACCCUGUAAAUAUUAGUAAUGUGAGAAAGCCUGAUGUAAAUUAAUCCAUACAUAAUGUUCCGGAACACUGUAAUAUGAAAGAAUUAUUAUAAAAGUUAUAAAUGUAUUGUCUUUAUCAGGGCCUCAUUUUUAAAGUGGACUUCUGAAGUGUGGAUAUUUACUGCUUCCAAAAAUGAACGUUGAGGCGGCAAUACUCUUCAAGCAAUACUACCUAGGUAUUUCCUCCUUAAAUCAGUUAACAUUUUUCUCUUACCAUUUUGAAGACUAUUUGAUCUAUGGGUAAAUUGAAGUGUAUUUUUAAUAUGCAGGUAAGCUUAAUUUUUAUGUUUCCAUUGUUUUGUAAAUGAGCAAUUAAUAAAUGAUAUUUUGGUA